AUGGCAACCUUUGCGGAGCUCAGUACUAAGGCCAAGAUGCCCAUCUUGGGCCUGGGCACCUGGAAGGAAUUCCCGGGACUGGGCAAAGUCAGAGAGGCUGUGAAGGUGGCCACUGACGUAGGAUGUCACCACUUGGACUGUGUUUAUGCCUACGAGAACGAGCAUGAGGUGGGGGAAGCCAUCCAAGAGAAGAUCCGAGAGAAGGUUGUGAAGCAGGAGGUGGGAGGACUGCACUUCAAGUUGUGGCCCACCUUCUUGGAGAAGCAUCUAGUGAGGGAAGCCUGUCAGAAGACCCUCAAGGAUUUGAAACUGGACUAUUUGGAGCUCUAUCUUAUUCACUGGCCACAGGGAUUACAGGCUGAAGCCAUGGAGGAACUGGUGGACGAGGGGCUGGUGAAAAACAUUGGGAUCUCCAACUUCAACCACUUCCAGAUCGAAAGGCUCUUGAACAAACCUAGACUGACAUACAAACCAGUGCUUACCAGUGAUGAGGAUUGUUCGCUUUUACAGACUGAGUGUCACCCAUUCCUCAGGCAGGAGAAACUGAUCCAGUACUGCCAGUCCAAGGGCAUCACUGUCAUGGCUUACAGCCCUCUGGGCUCUCCAGAUAGACCUGGUGGGGAAAAUAUGGACUCUUCCCUACUGGAGGAUCCCAAGAUUAAGGAGAUUGCUGCAAAGCACAAAAAAUCCACAGCCCAGGUUCUGAUCCGGUUCCAUAUCAGGAGGAACGUGGUCGUAAUUCCCAAGUCUGUGAUGCCAGCACGCAUCGCUGAGAACUUUCAGCACCUUGCCAUCUCUCAGGCCAGGGAGCUGACCUCAGAGCUGAGAUGA